CCACGCCGGUGCGGUGCCCGCCCGCCCGGCCGCGUACACUCGCAGUCAGUGGGCGAGCCGGAGCGGCGGAGGUCACAGCGGGGAGGCGGGGCGGGGGCAGCAUGGCAGCCUCCUUAUGGCUCCGUGGAGCCGCCUCCGGCCUCCGGUACUGGAGCCGCCGGCAGCGGCCGGCAGCGGCCAGCCUUGCAGCGGUGUGUUCUAGGUCAGUGGCCUCUAAGACUCCGGUUGGAUUUAUUGGACUAGGCAACAUGGGGAAUCCAAUGGCAAAAAAUCUCAUGAAGCAUGGCUACCCCCUCGUUAUUUAUGAUGUGUUCCCUGAUGCAUGCAAAGAGUUUCGAGAAGCAGGUGAACAGGUAGUGUCUUCCCCAGCAGAUGUAGCUGAAAAAGCUGACAGAAUUAUUACCAUGUUGCCCACCAGUAUGAAUGCAAUAGAAGCUUAUUCCGGAGCAAAUGGAAUUCUGAAAAAAGUGAAGAAAGGCUCACUAUUAAUAGAUUCCAGUACUAUUGAUCCUUCGGUUUCAAAAGAAUUGGCCAAAGAAGUUGAGAAAAUGGGAGCAGUUUUCAUGGAUGCCCCUGUUUCUGGUGGUGUGGGAGCUGCUCGGUCUGGGAACCUCACGUUCAUGGUGGGAGGAGUCGAAGAGGAAUUUGCUGCUGCUAAGGAGUUGCUGGGCUGCAUGGGCUCCAAUGUGGUGUACUGUGGUGCUGUUGGGACCGGACAGGCUGCAAAGAUCUGCAACAACAUGCUGUUAGCUAUUAGUAUGAUUGGAACCGCUGAAGCUAUGAAUCUUGGGAUCAGGUUAGGGCUUGACCCAAAACUAUUGGCUAAAAUCCUAAAUAUGAGCUCAGGACGGUGUUGGUCAAGUGACACUUACAAUCCUGUACCUGGGGUGAUGGAUGGAGUUCCCUCGGCUAAUAACUAUCAGGGCGGAUUUGGAACAACACUCAUGGCUAAGGAUCUGGGAUUAGCACAGGACUCCGCCACCAACACAAAGAGCCCAAUCCUCCUGGGCAGCCAGGCCCAUCAGAUCUACAGGAUGAUGUGUGCAAAGGGCUACUCGAAGAAGGAUUUCUCGUCCGUGUUCCAGUUCCUGCGAGAGGAGGAGACCUUCUGAGUUGGCACUUUGGCCCUGGACACUCUUGGAAACCAAACUCUGUCUCGGAGCCUCCCCACUGUUCACUCCACAAGUAAAAGAGUUUAAUCAAAGGUCACCUGUCUGCUUUGGAUUGUCCAGGUCACAGUUAAAUGGGGUUUUCACCCAUUUUUUACUGCUUAUUUUUAUCUAUUUAGCAAACAUACAUUAUCUGAAUUUUUUUUUUCUGCAAGCCCCCGAUGGUCUCUGUUAAUUAGCUGAUUGACCUUUUUCAAAAGUGUGAUCCUUGAGCAUCUUCAGCUAAAUCAUUGAUUAUUUCAAUCAGGAUAUUAGUUAUACCGCUUUACAAAUAAAACCAAAUAUUUUCCAACAGGACAAAAUUGAUCUUAAAGGAAAAAAAGAACUCGGUGUGAGGAAGGGAUUAGAGAAAGGGGGAAUACAGUGAUUACUACCUGUGUCCCUCAGCAAGCUUCUCCUGUUUACCAGGUGUGGUAUUCUUGCAUUACUGAGGUUACUGAGUUACUUUCUGGGGAAUAGAUAAAGCAGGAGAACUCCUUGCUGUAUGUUUUAUAAUUUGGACUCCGUUACAGUAUCUUAGUGUGUCCCCCUUGUAACAAUUCCCCAUACUCAGCAAACUUGUUUUUAUAUUUUUUCUUCCUUGUACAUUCUUACUACAUAUUUUUGACUUCAAAAGAAUGACAUCUUUAGACCUGUUUCAGAGCCAAUGAUGAUAUUUGCUUUAGAUAAUUAUUAUAGUAUUCUAAAUAGAACCAUAUUAUUUUGAAAUUGAAUAAAUUUCUAUGCUGAUAA